GAAUUCCCUGCGGCGUCGCAUGUUGACGCAUGCGUGUCGCGGCUGAGUCCAGGGCCGGGUAUCAUGGCGACGUACGUGGACAUUCUGAAGAGCGAGUUCCCUGAGAUCGACUCGGAGGUGUUCGACUACAUCACAGGUGUUUUGGACAGCGGCGGAGCAGAUUUCGAGGAUGGGGAGGAGGUUUACGACGCCAUCGGAGGAGUCCUGCAGGAAGUGUCCGCUGACAGUAAAAACGAAGACGACGUCAGAGACAUCUGCCUCCAGAUGUUCAACACUCUUAAACUGAAUAACCAUCAUGGCCCUCAGAGACAGGUGUUGUUGGACGCUCCGGUGCAGCUCUCUCAGAUCUCUGCCGACAUAGUUAGUGCAGCAGAAGACGUUCAGGGAAUCUGGAUGAUGAAACGUCCUCAGAACACAACGGUGGACGCGAAGAAACUGGAGAAGGCCGAAGCGAAGCUGAAAGCCAAACACGAGCGCAGGAACGAGAAGGACUCUCAGAAGGCCUCCAGUCCCCUAGUCCUGGAGGAGGCAUCUGCAAGUCAGGCCAGCAGUAAGAAGGACAAUCGAGUUGACCAAUCAGGGAAGAACCGCAGCUAUGACAUCCGCAUCGAGAACUUUGAUGUUUCGUUUGGAGAGAGGUGUUUGCUGCAGGGGGCGGAGCUUUCUCUGGCAACUGGUCGGCGCUACGGUCUGAUUGGUCGUAACGGUUUGGGGAAGACGACGUUGUUGAAGAUGUUGGCCAGUCGUAACCUGCGUGUUCCGGCCCACAUCUCCAUCCUCCACGUGGAACAGGAAGUGGCUGGAGACGAGACGCCGGCUCUGCAGAGUGUCCUGGAGAGCGACACGCUGAGAGAAGAUCUGCUUAGCGAGGAGAAGAGGCUCAACGCUCGCAUCGCCAACGGAACUGCUGACGGGAUGGAGAGUGUUCGACUGUCAGAGAUCUAUGGCAAGCUGGAGGAGAUCGAGGCUGACAAAGCUCCAGCCCGAGCCUCUGUCAUCCUGGCUGGUCUCGGAUUCUCUCCCAGAAUGCAACAGCAGACCACCAAGGAGUUUUCAGGAGGAUGGAGGAUGAGGUUGGCACUGGCUAGAGCUCUGUUUGCUCGGCCGGACCUGCUGCUGCUGGAUGAGCCGACCAACAUGUUGGACGUCCGAGCCAUUCUGUGGUUGGAGAACUACCUGCAGACGUGGCAGUCCACCAUCUUGGUCGUCUCCCACGACAGAAACUUCCUGAAUGCCGUAGUAACAGACAUCGUCCACCUGCACUCUCAGAGGCUGGACAGUUACCGUGGUGACUACGAGAACUUUAUUAAAACCAAAGAAGACAGACUGAAGAACCAACACAGAGAGUACGAGGCCCAGCUGCAGUACAGACAGCAUAUACAGGUGUUUAUCGACAGAUUCCGUUACAAUGCUAACAGAGCAGCUCAGGUCCAGAGCAAACUCAAACUGCUGGAGAGGCUACCUGAACUGAAGCCCAUUGAAAAGGAAACUGAGGUGACUUUAAGGUUUCCAGAUAACUUUGAGAAGCUGUCUCCUCCCAUCCUGCAGCUGGAUGAAGUAGAGUUUUAUUACUCUCCAGACCAGCGCCUGUUCUCUGGACUCAACCUGUCAGCUGACCUUGAGUCACGCAUCUGCAUCGUCGGUGAAAACGGCGCCGGUAAAUCGACCAUCCUCAAACUGCUGAUGGGCGAGUUGACGCCGGUCAGCGGAGUCAGACAAGCUCACAGGAACUUGAAGAUCGGUUACUUCAGCCAGCAUCACGUGGACCAGCUGGACCUGAACGUCUGCUCUGUGGAGCUGCUGCUCAACAGGUUCCCCGGUCGGACGGAGGAGGAAUACCGCCACCAGCUGGGAGGUUACGGUAUCACCGGAGAGCUGGCCACGAGGCCGGUGGCCAGUCUGUCAGGAGGACAGAAGAGCCGGGUGGCCUUCGCACAGAUGACCAUGCCAUGUCCAAACUUCUACAUCCUGGACGAGCCGACCAACCACCUGGACAUGGAGACCAUCGAGGCUCUGGCCAAAGCCCUCAACAAGUUUAAAGGCGGGGUCAUGCUGGUGUCACAUGACGAGCGUCUGAUCCGGCUGGUGUGUAAGGAGCUGUGGGUGUGCGAAGGCGGGAAAGUUCGACGCAUCGACGGCGGUUUCGACGAGUACCGAGACAUCCUGCACGAGCAGUUCAAGAAGGAGGGUUACCUGUGAGAGACCGCCCGCCGCUAACAUAAACCCCGCCCCCUCCAUAACAACACCUGUCACGGCAGACCGGAGGACGCUUCCUUCUCUGAACUGUCUCACCUCUGCUUCGGGUGAUGAUCUGCUGUGAGCUGAUUGGUCGUUUCUGUUCACCUGAUGAGGUCACAGUGAACUCUGGAGGAGGAGGAGUCAUGAUGUUUGAGUUUAUUUGAAAGUCAAACCGCCGUCUGUCAUCAGUUUGUCGCCACUUUGAACCUGAUUUUGUUUUGUAUUGACUUUGGAGGUUUGAGGUUUUAUCAGUUUUAAAGGACUCGGCCGUCAAACAUUAUAUUUACAUUCAGAGACAAAUAAAAACCAUCAGAUCAUG